AUGUGGCCAGAAACACUCAGCGAAACACCGCUCUGGAAACGGGUACGUUUUGAGGAGCGCUUGUCGAUAUCUCCAGCUGUGCUGCAAGGUCCAAAAACUGUCUUCAACGCGAUCUACCGCAGUCUAUUCAACCGACUUUUUCGUUACGACCCGCUUCUGCAGGGAACCGUGGUGUCGUUGCGUGCGGUACCUGGCGCCGCACUGGAUCCACUGCACAAGCGUCGGGCAAACACGUACACCGCUGCAGAACCAAAACUCGACCUAGAGGUUACGGAUCGAGGGUUUUUCCAUGUUCGGCUCCAUGUGGAGGCUCUUGUUUUCUCUCCGCCGGUGGUUGAUGGCGAAGCAUCGAUCGUUGUGAAGAAUGGAACCCGGACGCGGCAGCUUCCUCGAUUGUAUGGUCGAGUCGUAUUUCUCGGCACGCGGCAUGUUGCACUACGAGUGUUUGGUAUUUUUCACGCAGCCAUUAGCGUGGAUGAUUUUCCGGGAGAAUAUCGACGAGAGCAUGACCGAUGGAUACCGUUAGCAGUAGAUGCCCCAGGUGUCGACUUAUCGGAGAAACAAGUUCGUGUCGGGGACGUGCUCUGUUUUGAGGUGAAAGAUCUCCAGCACGCGUCCAAUGGUAUCUUUGUGAUCCGAGGAGGGGUUCCCGUCCCCGAUGCAAACUGCGUGGAGACGACGCCGGCCCCGGGAGCACCACAAGCUGAUACCACAACGCGCCCUCUAGAGUAUACGCUUCCGGAUUACGAGGCACUUCACGAUGAGUUACUUCGGAACCAAGUCGAGCGAUUCCUCACGGCUGCCUGGCGCGCGUCGACGCUGGGCGACCAUGUGGACAUCGCGACGUUCCAGGAGCUUGUGAGCCUGGAAAUACCAGGUCACGAUGGAGCUGCAAAGCUACCACGAACCACGACAGAUACGGAGACGAAUCUGGGGGUUAUCAGACUCACUGCGGACGCUAUUGACCGCGAAAUCAUAUGGGACGCUGAUAGCGAUAGCAUUUCCGAAAACAGCACCGCUCACGAGGAUCCGUCGGCGUCGAAACUCGAAGCCCUAUCCGGAGAGUUCUUCACAUUGGGGAACGCUGACUCGGACCCGCUGGCAGAGCUUGUAGCUGCUUCACGUGGGCACCCCACAGUCGGGUAG